AUGGUCAUGGCGCUCAUGGUCAUCCAACAAGGCUACCAGGGUGUUGGUUAUGGGGGACUUGGUUCUGUCCUGGCUGUGCGCCUUUGGAUCAGCGUACAUGAUUUUCGGGGCAGGCUUGUCAACCGACCUGGCGAACUGCACUCUGGGCGUAUAUUCGAAUACCUGUUCCUGCUUGAAAGGAUGUACACAUUAUGGAAGGCUUUCCGAGACAAGCAGCGUCUAGCAUCGACGCUGUACCGCAUGUACAUCAUCAUAUUCGUCGCAUACCUCGCGCUCGCCGCGGUCCUGAGCAUCCUCCGAGUGUCGUACUUACGACUGGAUUCGACAUGUAUCAUUGGAUUCGGUCGCAUACUCUCCACCGUCGGCCCACCUGCAAGAGGCUUGAUCGACAUUUGGAUCGUCUGGGUCCUCGUGUGGUGGCUCAGGCGGAAGCGGGAAACCAUAAGCCCUGACUUACGAGCAAUACUGCGAAGAACUCUCAUAUUCACCCUCAUCGAGGCCGCCACUCUCAUCGCGAACGGCUCCGUCAUGGUGGCUCUUCAAGGUGCCGAACCGGGAUGGCUCUGUCUUGUGAUAUGCAGCGGUGAUGUCGCCAUAUCCGGCGCGGCUCUCGUCUGGCUUACGUCCAGCGGGCCAAGCACCAAUCAUUUGAGCGAACGUAACUUCCAAGACAUUUACGCCUCGCGUCCCUACCGUCGUUCCCUUCCCCCGUUUUACCGACCUCCUUCAUUCGUUGAUCAGUCAUCCUGGCGUUCGUAUCAGCGCAGACGACCUAGUGUAUCCGAUGAUGCUGACCGGGGCGGGAGCUUGCAGCUCUCCUCGCCCCGCCCGAAGUCCGUCAUGGACGGCGCACUCGCGCGACAGAUCGAGUCCAACGCUUUCCGUUCCCAAGCCCAUAUUCAUAUCGCAAGCCGGACCCUCUCGCUCCCCCAGAUACACCGCCAAAGCCCGCGAACGCGGCUUGUCUGUGAACACGGAGAGAGCGUCUACAUCAUACCCAUGCUUAUACUCCCUGACCCCCGUACACGUCACGGCAAGUCCGUCGCCCGCUACACCACCUUCAGCUGGUUCAAGUCUUUACCAUACGUGGAGCAAAAGGGCGCGGCGGAAACUCGAUGUCCAGGCCGCUCCUCCCAGCAUCAUACCGCAAAGUUUGACGCGAUUGCGGAGCAAAUCUCUAUCGGCGUUGCCUGA